UAUGAAUGCAUCCAAUGUUCCCAAAAUCUUAGAAGUGUUUGAUUGAUACUGUCGGACUAACAUUAAUGUUGCCUUCAACGGGAUAUUUUAACGCCAUUAAUUGUCCUUUUUACGACAAUGGCCUUUGUGAAAGACCGUAUUGUCAUUUUCGUCAUGUAAAAAGAGAUUUACAAAAUUCAUCCAGUGAUGGAAUUGAAAGCGGUGCGAUAUUACAAAAACUUGUUUCAGCAGCUGUACAAAAGGUUCUACAACAAACUGAUAGCACUGGGUCCGCAAUUAGUGUACAGACAGUAAACAAUAAUCUCGAUGACAAUCUUGUAUCUAUUAGUAAACCAACCUACAACCCUACACCAAUAUCGGAACUUAAAAAGAUAAAUCAUUUAGAAACAGAAAAUAACGACGAAAAUAGCGAACAAAGAAAACGUCAUAUUCCCGUACCAUAUACCCCACGAAAACCAGUCAGUGCAAGUUUGAGGAUACCUGAGUCGCAGGAUACAUCUAAACCAUUCAUUUACAUUCCUCCGCCAUUAACAUACACUCCUGGGAGUAACGAGAAUGUACAGUGUGAUAGUUACGUGCCUCCUGGAUCAUCUGCAAGUACAGAAACCUAUAAUCCAGGUUCUGAAAAAGAACUGCAAGAAUAUCAGCCUUGUGAACUAGACCUAAAUACUACAAACAAACGAAAUUACAUUCCUUCGGACAGGAAUUCGAGCAAAAAUAAAGUUCUUGAAUAUAAACCUUCUAAAGUUUCGACAAGAAAUGAACCUGCUGUAAAAUAUCAACCAACACCAAAGUUCUUAGCUCCAUGUUUCUCAAGUGAUGAGGAUGAACCAGAUAAUAAGAAAAUUAAAUUAUCAAGUGACCUUAAUGGGCUUGAUGAUCUUGGCCCUGAGUUUGACAUAUUAGAUCAAAUACUUCAUGAAGAAAACAAAAAGGAAGACAGUAAAACAAUACUUAACAAGGCUAAUAAAAAAAAUAUAAGUAAAAAUAAUAAUAGUAGUAAAUGCAAUAAGGAAACUAAAGUAAAUAAAGAGGAUAAAGUAAAGUCUGAUAGCAAGAAUCAUAAUGGUGACUCAAAGAGUAAAAAAUGUAGCCCUGAGAAAAACCAAACAAAUAAAACAAGGAAACAUAAAUCUCAUAAGAAAGAAAAAAGUCUAAAAGAAAAAGAAGAUCAAAAGAGUCCUAAUAGGAAAUCAAGUAAGAAGGAAGGAAGUGAUAAAGACAAAUAUAAAAGUAAAAGUGAAAAACAUGAAAAGAAAAAAGAAAAGCAAAAUAAAUAUGAAUCCAAGUCAUCUGAUAAAAGUUCAAAACAAUCAAGUCAUAGAUCAUCCAAGUCUGAUUCAAAUAAUCACAAAUACAAAGAAAAGGAACAUAGAAAAAAGAAACACAAAAGUUCAAGAGACAGACAAAAAAGUAAGAGUAAAGAUCCACCUCACACUGAUGAUGUAGAUCACCAAUCUGAUACUAGUGAAAUGGAGCCUGAUGAAGAGACUAUAGCGAUGGAAUGCAAGAAGAUUUUUGAUGAAUAUGUUCCAAUCAGAAAGAUAGUUGCAGAGGAAAAUGAACCUGCUAUAGAAGAAACACAAGAUGAGGAAUAUGUGCCCACAAAGAAGAGAGUAUCACGUGCUGUAGAUGUUAAAGUUGUAACAAAACGACAAAUAAAACCAGAUUACAAGAUUGGUGCUGCCCAAGCAAUGGCAGAAAGAUUGGCUAAGGUUAGAGAGUUUCAUAGCACAAAAGUUAAUAAUUCUCUGCAAAAUGAAAGUAAAGGUGAGGACAAUACAAAUAUAACAAAAAGGGAACUUCAGAAAUCCAUAUUUAGUACAGUAAACUCUAGUAAUUUGAAAAUUCGUAUUGCUCAUGUACCAUAUGCCUCAACAUUGAUAAAUGCCAAAAGAAAUAUUUCAACUAGCCAAGACAUUGCAAAAAACAGUUUGCCCGCCGGCUCUAAUUCAUCUACUACUGUCCAAACCAUAAAGAAAGGAGCACUGAGGGUAGCACACAUGCCUAGUGAGAAAUUUAUAGAUCGCCCAGGUGUUUUAGAGCCUUUGGCUUCAAAAAUACCAGCAAAUAUUAGAUCUACUUAUUUAAAUCUUAUGAUAGAUGAAUGCUUGAAACUUUACCUUUCCGCAACUGAUGCGUAUUCUAGAGCUCAACAUGAAGAACUAGCUACGAGCAAGAAAUGUAAUACGGUUUCUAUUUAUAAAAACUCUGCAGUAUUAACAGUCAACCGACUAAGAAAGGAAUUACAGGAAAAUAAUGGUGAGAAAAAAUCAAGUUCUGAUUCAAGUAGAAAAGUAGAUGCUAAGAAUACAGGUUCAUGGAGCAUAGAGAAUAGAAAUAAAAAAAGUGAUGAGAUAUCUAAAGAAUUAACAGGUGCUAAAUUUUAUAUCAAUAUUGAAAAAUGGAUAUUGACUGAAGAGCAGCUUCAAGAAAAUGGAUUUCCUAGAAUACACAUAAGUGGGGAAAAAGGCAGAGCUUCAAUUUAUGUGCAACAAAAACAAAAACAAAAACCCCCUAAAGGCUCUAUAAGAACAUGUUGUAGAUGUAAAAAAGAUUAUACUGUGGACAAAAAAGGUUUUCCUGCUGUAAAAGAGGAAUGCAUUUAUCAUCCUAAUAAUAAAUACAGAAUACGAGGUGAAGCUCGAUAUCAAUGUUGUAGUCAGGAUGGAUCAUCUGAUGGAUGUUGUAUAGCACCUACCCAUGUCUAUGAAUAUGUAGACUAUGAUAAUUUGAGAGGGUUUGUAAAAACAUUACCUCCAGAUAAUAAGUGUGAAGAUUAUGGAGUGUAUGCAUUAGAUUGUGAGAUGUGUUAUACUACCCAUGGGUUAGACUUGACUAGGGUGACUAUAAUUAAUGCAGAAUGUAAAGUCGUUUAUGAAACUCUUAUAAAACCAUUGCACCCUAUAAUUGACUAUAACACUAGAUUUUCAGGAAUAACUGAAGAACAAAUGGCUGAAGUAAAGACAACUCUUUUAGAUGUUCAGGCCACUCUUCUAACAAUGUUCAAUAGUAAGACAAUAUUGAUAGGUCACAGCUUAGAAUCAGAUUUUAAAGCUUUAAAACUUAUUCAUGAUACAGUCGUAGAUACAAGUGUUUUAUUCCCUCAUAAGAUGGGUCCACCAUAUAAAAGAGCUUUAAGAAACCUAUCUUCUGAAUAUUUAAAGAAGAUAAUACAAAAUUCUGUAGAUGGGCACAACAGUGCAGAAGAUGCACUCGUGUGUAUGGAAUUAAUUCAUUACAAAUUAAAAGAGUAUUUGAAAACAAGAUGAUUGUAAGUUAGCUCGCUUACUUUGAGAUUAAUUUUGGGUCUUGGUGAAUUAAAUUACUAAGUUGUGGGAAAAAUAUAGCAUUGUAUUGCAAUAUCAUUAAUUUGAUUAGAACUAGGUACAUUGUCACUGAUCCAACAAAUUAAAUGAAUUACUCAAUUAAUCAUUUGCUUUGAUGGAAUAUUAAACAUUUAGAAAGUCACUGUUUCUGAAUUAUUACAUUACAUGAUGUAAAAAUAUUGUAUUGAAUAUAUUUUGUAUGUAUG